AUUAUGGACUUAUUUGAAAAAAAGGUAUGGAAUAUUAUUUGUUUAUUGCAAACAACACAAAUGAUAAAAAUAUGUUAACUUUAAAAUUCAAAAUUAUGAAUGCUCAUUGUCAUAAUUUUCUUAUGUGAUAUAAAGGUAUUUGACAACGCUUGAAGGUUAAAUUAUAACAAUAUGUGAACUCCUUUAUAAAUUCAUCCAAAUGAACGCCAUGAUACUAUUGUGUUUCCUAGUAUUACUCAAAUGCGCAUAUGCUCAAAUUGGACUCCUAAAAAUACAGGAGCCAGAAUGGAGGAUUAUUAACAGUUUCUUUGAAACAGAUAAAAUAGUAAAUGGUAAUUAUAGGUUUGGCUUUGUUAGUACUGAUGGUAUACGAAGAGAAGAGUCAGGAGGGUUUGAUGAUAACCAAAACUAUGUUGUUACCGGCUAUUACUCAUAUUAUGACGAACAUGGUACAUUACACCAUGUUAAAUACACGGCAGACAAAAAUGGAUACAAUGUAAUUCCACUUCCGCCGAAACAGAGUGGUCCUCCUAUGUUCACUGCUGCUGGAUUUUCAUCGCCGCGAAUAGUGGCUUCAUUCCUUGGUUAA